AUCUCUAUGUUCAAUCAUAUGGCAUCGUCGGCAUUUAUUGUGCUUGUAGGGUCAUGUACUUGGUGCCAAGCCUCAUAAUUUCAGCAUGCUGAAGGCGGAGUCUGAAGUUGACGAUGUGGUGAUCUUGACUUUGUCGGUAGCCGAGGCACCGCGCUUACUUCUGGUACAUUGUGAAGGCAAAACUGGAUCAAGGCGGUAUCUUUCCAAGGGCUGUAUCAUUCGCAGGUCUUAUUAAAUUUUGUUCAGCAAUUGUCUUCUUAUUUCGACGAAUUUGGAUUACUACAGGCCACAAACGAAGAUAAGAACAUUAAGUUGAUCUUCUGUCAGCGACUAUGGCUUGAAUCUCUGGUUUGCAGCUCCAAGCUAAGUGUGAAUGUCGUCCAUUUCAUUCAGUACAAGUUUCAUGCAGCGGUAGCGAACGCUGAACAACGAUCUCUGGUCAGCAGACUGUUGACGGAGUGUCUGGACAGCCUCAUAAAACGUUUUGUCGCUUAGCUUCAAGGGGAGAAUCAGGUUGCGGUAUUUAUCCAACUCAGUUACAUAAAGCUUCCGUAGCCUUCGUAUCUGCGGAACCAGGUAUCGAAUGUGGUGGUUGAAUCUGGUUCAUACAAAAAUUCAGAAAUGCUGCUACCGAUACUGUCUUUAGCUGAAGAUGAAGCAUCGAGGGUUGAUAUCCGUAGAUCAGUAAUAACUCCAUCGUUUUUAGCUUCUGCUCCAUUAGUUUCUCCAAGCGUCAGAAUUCCAUUUCUGCUUUUUACUUUCUACCAAUUUUGACAUGACCGUUAAUACACUGGCAUUUGCGUUAACGAAUUUCCUAUCUAGUCGAUUUGCGAUUCACCACGAUAACAACAACAUGUAUGAAAAGCUCAGUUUCACAAACAUACUGGAGUCAUUCUUUUCACCAUUUUUCACUGUUCGUCUUACUGCCUUAUCAGUUAUUACAACAAUUCUUCGUCAAGGUCUUAUUCAUCCAGUCCAAACCGUACCUUAUCUGAUAGCUAUGCAAACCGACGUUGAUCCAAAUAUACGUAUUAAAGCUGAUGCUCAACUUCAAGAAAUCGACACGAAAUUUCCUGGUUUCUUGACGAUGAGAGCUGCACAGGGUGUGAAUUUAUCGUAUCGUCUCCAAAUUGUUUUGUAUAAUGAGCUGCGCGAGAAACCGAAAGUAAAUCCUAGUGGUUCCUCACAACAAAUUGGCUCACCUGAAUUAUCAAGUGUUCAUAAGUCCACUAACAUUAUUUCUGUCCGUCGAAGUAGUCGCAAUAAAGUUGAGACUGAUAGCUUAGGUUCUGAUGAUAACUCCAGAUGUACAUUGCCUACGAAUGUUCCUGAUCACCAAUCUUCUUUCAAUGUUCCGGAAGACUCUUUUGGUGCUAUUCGUGGGACCAGAGAUCCCUUCAGUGAAGUCCCUACUGCUCUCAACUCAAAUUUGUAUUCUAUGCUGAGAAAUAAUAAAAGUCAACGUCGUUCUCUACUAAACGGCCUCAUAUCACUCUUUGAUGACUCGCAGAGGAUUUCUCUUAGUCAGUUAGUUUAUGUUGCUGAUAAUUUGGCACACUUUCCCUAUCAAUCGCAAGAAGAACCAUUGUUUGUUGUCCAUCACAUAGAUUUGAUGGUUAGUAUGGCAGGUUCGGGAGUUCUGAAUAAUGUUCGUGAGGCACUUUUCCCAGAGUUAAAAGCAGCUCUUGAGGCUGUCGUCGCUGCUCAGCUUGAAGCUGAUGCGAAGAACCGAGCGCAGAUGGAAAUGCAAUUACGUGCCGAACUUCAGGCACAGCACGCUGCUUCAACUGAAGCUCUCAGCAGAGGUGAUCAUGCUACAGCUGGUUUAUUCAACGAUCAAAUUCAGCAUACUAUCCAACGCAUAAACAGUCUGAAUUCGUCUAACCCCGCAGUAAUAGGAAGCAGCUCAUCCACGACUGAGCUGUCUUCCAACACCCUUUCCGGACGCGAAAGUUUUUCCAGGGUUGAUUUGGGUCCUUUUGAAAUAGAGGAAGAAGAAGAUCCAGUUGCACUCUUCGACAGGUUAUCUAAAUCACGUCAGACAACUCUACCUAUAAUGCGAGAUGCUAUUCGUACAAGUCGUGCAUGUGUUUUAUUAUUGACGCUUAAACAAUUUCUAAAGGAAUCAUACUGUAUCACUGAUGGAAAGAUUCAGCGUUACUCGCCUUCAGAUUCAGCUAAGUUGUGGGAGAAGCCGUUGACUCGGCGCGUUGGUGUUCAUUUUCAUCCCUUACCAUGCUUGAAAGCUGCUGGGAUGGAACUUCACAAAUCGGAGCUUGUUUCUCAUUCACAGCCGUCUGUUAAAAGUGACCUUAAUACCGAGGAAAACUUAUCAGCUGAAGAUGUUGCCGAAAAAGACGAGGAUAUUGAAUGUACGAGUGAAAUGCAGUCCCUUGUACAAGAUUAUCUCGAUUUCCGCAAGCUGAUACUUACUAUUGAUCCUCCUGGCGAAGAAGAAUUAGGAGCAGAAGACUUGAAUACUUCAUUACAAUCUCUUGGUGGAACAGUCGCUGACGAUCCUUGCAAUACAGCUUCAGACUGUGCUCAGUUGAAUAAAGGUCGGUCUUUAAGAACAGUGGUACCUCAGUUACACAAUAAAUCUUCAGAGGAAGAUAAUGAUUCGGAUGACUCAAACAUGGCAGCCAGUUCAAGUGGAGAGGAAAGUGAUUCCGCUGAUGAGUCUGAACCAUCUGAUCCUGAUUAUUAAUCUUCAUCGAAAUUCUCAACCAAUAGGCCAAUAGAUCUUGUUCACAAUUUGAAUAGCGCAUCAUGUGCAUUAUUCUGCAAGCAAAAAACUGAAACAAAUAACUCCCAGGUUUUUAAAAGUUUAUUCUGUAUUCGCUGAAUAAAAUAAUAUAUUAGUUUAUAUUUACCUAUCAUCCCUAUCCUCACUUUUGUAUCAAAGAUUUUAUUCGUCAUUUCUUUCCUUUAAUCAUGUAUUUUUUUUACUCCUAUGGCAGCUUGUCAUAUACAACGUUUGUUUUUGUAUAAUAAUAAUAAUAAUAAUAUAUGCUUUCAAUUUUGACUGCAAUGCUAACUAUGUUAUAUACAAUGUCUACCAGAAUGGAUCUUACUGUUGAUAAUGAUAUGUAUUAUUUAAUUCAUUCAGAUAUUGAGUUAGAUAUCUGAAUAUCGACAACAACACAAUAUGCUUUUAAUUGAAAUUACAUUCCCCGAAACAAAAUUAAUCAUCAUACUGUUUUAUUUGUUUUCGAUAUCUCUCACAGUCGAACGAGAUUUCAAUACACACGACUUACACAACUAACCUGAUGUGAUGAUAAUAUCAUUACUCUUUUCUUUUAUUUACAUGUUAUAAAUAAUAUGUAUUAUGUUAUAAUAUAAUAUAUUUCUAAUUUAGAAAUUUUAAUUUUGUAAAUAUGUAUAUUAUUUUCAUGAGAUUUUAUUUCCCAAUUUUUACCAUUCUUCAUUUUGACGAAAUUAUAUUUAUUUGCAAAUAUCCACUGCAUUAUUUCUAUUUAUGUACAUCACUUACGGAAGAAUUUGUUUUAUAUCUGCUAUGGAUACCUUUUGUAUAUAACCCAUCAGUUUAAAUUCUCACUUACUUACUUACUUACCUACUUACUUACUUACUUACUUAUCUACAUUUCACAUAUUCUCCGUCGUCAGUAAUUUUUAUCUCGUUGUGAGCAUAAUUAACGUGUCUACUAGGUUAGGUAGGCAUGUUUUGUCGAUUGACUUAUUUCUGAUAGUCUUUCUACCUUUCUGUUGAGACAAACGUAAUAAUUUACAUCCUUUAUUUAACGCUUUUUUCAUUUGUCUAUGUACAUUUGGUUUUAAUCGGUCACUACAUAAUAUUCGUUUUCCUACUGUGUAUAUGUUUUUAUUUGUCAGACUAAUAGUCUGAUUAAAGCCUAUCUUGAUUCUGCUUUUGUUUCCGCGACUAAUAUUGAUAACUUGUAAUCUGUUAAGUGAUCAAUAGUACUUCUUGUUUGUACUUUUAUUUCUUCUUAAUUUCAGUUUCAGCUAGUCGGAAUACUUAUACUAUUUUCCACGAGACAAUACUAAAUCAGUUAUUAGCAUUUGAUUUUCAAUGUAACAAACUAGGUGGUGGAACAUCUCAAUGCAAUUUCUAAAUUAUAUAAAGAGUCACUGUGUAGUGUUUUAUGCCAUUAUCUUUGUGGUUUUAUAUAAUGAAUUCUGCCAAGAAUAAGUUAAUCAGCG